AUGGCUAAGACUACACAAACUAAAUCGGCACCGAAAAAAGUAGCUGCGGCUUCCACCCAUCCUAAAUAUGAAGAUAUGAUCAAGGCCGCUAUUAUUGCUUUGAAAGAACGAAAGGGUAGUAGUCGUCAAGCCAUCAAGAAAUGGAUCUUGAAUACUCAUAAGCUACCAGAUAAUCCAACAACUACUAGUCGUAUCAAGCUUGCUAUUAACAAAGGUGUUGAGAAACAACUUUUUGCCUUCAAUAAUGGACCAAGUGGCACUAUUAAACUCGUAAAGAAAGAACCCAUCAAGAAGGAAAAGAAAGAAGUCGAAAAGAAGGAAAAACCCAAGAAAGAAAAAAAGGAAGUCAAACCUAAAAUCGAAAAGAAAGCGGCAGUUACCAAGAAAACGACAACCAAAAAAACUCCCAAGAAAGCUGCUCCAAAAAAAGCUGCUGCCCCAAGGAAAACUACCAAGGCUGCAACAAAUACUAAGAGAUCGGCCACCAAGAGAACUACUUCAAAGACAAAGAAAGAUGCAUAA